UUUACGAUGGCUUCCAGUUCUAAAGAAAAGGUCAAAGUAAGCAGUUGACCCUUGUUUUAUCUUAACCCCGCCAUCCACGGCCUCCUCCACAGUCCACCCGCGCUCUCUCUCUUAGAAAUUCUCCUCCGAUCGGCUAAUCGCCAUUACUAUAAGAACCCAGCUUCACCUUGUAUUUUCAGACAAGUUAGAGAGAGAGAGAGAGAGUCUCCAUUUUUUCUUCUUUUUUUCAUCUAUUUUCAUUAGGUAUAAACGGUUGGUCGGGAAUCGAACUGCGAUUAGAUGGCGAAACUCUACGCGCAGACGGUACCACCGCCGGAUCUGAACAAGAACACGGAGUGGUUCAUGUAUCCGGGAGUGUGGACUACCUACAUCCUCAUCAUCUUCUUCUUCUGGCUCGUUGUCCUCUCCGUCUUCGGCUGCACGCCUGGCAUGGCGUGGACAAUCGUUAACCUUACUCACUUCGCCGUCACGUACCACUUCUUCCAUUGGAAGAAGGGAACUCCCUUUGCUGAAGACCAGGGUAUCUACAACAGAUUGACUUGGUGGGAACAAGUAGACAAUGGAAAGCAACUUACUGAUAACAGAAAAUUUUUGACGGUUGCACCUGUGGUCUUGUACUUAAUUGCCUCCCAUACCACUGAUUACCAGCACCCGAUGCUUUUCUUGAAUACGAUCGCCGUGAUCGUGCUAGUCAUCGCCAAGUUUCCGAACAUGCACAAAGUUCGCAUAUUUGGAAUUAAUUCAGACCAUUAGGGAAGCUGGAAGCUGGAAACUGGAAUCAUGAUCUCCAUAUACAGCAAAAGCAGUGGAAGUGGUCAGCUGGUGAAGCCGAGAGUAGAAAGUAAAUCUGGUAAGUGGUCAGUAGAUGCUUGUUUUGUACAGGUAGAACUACUAUAUUAUGUACUAACUAUGUUUGAACUCUGUCUAGUUUUGCCAUGGAGUUUUUUUUUUUUAUAUUUGGAUUUUCAGAUUCA